CCUGAAUCUAUCGCUCUUUUCUACCACUCACAAUACCCGGUCGUGAUCGUGAAGCAUGCUCAAUCCCUCUUUACCUAGUGCCUGGCGAUGUGGGUCUCAGCCACAUGGAUUAUCCUGAAAACCCCUCCCAAAUCCUCAGCAAUUGGAUCCAGGGGUUCCGCAUACAAAACCUCAGCCCUAGCUCGCGCUGUUCACCAAAUGCAGAUGGAGGGCCUGACGAUCUUUGCAUUCUAUGUGAGCGACACUUCGAACGCGAAAGGUAAGGACACAAUGGUAGGUAUAUAGAUCUUCUUUUCUUUUCAGCAUCUGUUCAAGUCAGUCACUUUCAAUUGCAAGGAAACCUCCAGAUCUCACCUCUACCUAUCCCUGUACAAUCCCAACACCAGAGCAGUCAACCCACCGAAAAGACCAGCCGUCUUCAAGAUGGGUCUCUUUGACGAUAACAAGAAUCACACAUGCAGCACGCCCAAGAGCUUCGUCGCAGACGCCCCGGAGCCUGUGGUUGGCAGCCUAUCAUUCCAUCAACUCAAUAUGGCCGUCUCAGGCGGAUGCGCUGUUUUCUCGACCCUCUCGAUCUUCGUCCUCAUGUUCAGACAUGCCACACACUUCAGCAAACCAAACGAGCAAACCAAAAUACUGAAGAUCUCCGCCCUCAUCCCAAUCUACUCGAUCAUAUCGUGGAUCACCAUCGCCGCCCCCAACAGCUACAUCUACCUCGACCCCUGGCUCGACUUCUUCCAAUCGAUCGCCCUGGGCAGCUUCUUCCUCCUGCUCUGCGAAUUCGUUUCGCCCAGCGCACAGUACCGCGACGUCUUCUUCGCCGCCCUCGAAGUCCCCAAGAGCCGCAGAGGCGGCGGAAAGCAAGUCGACGGCCUGGAGUGGUACAGAAAGAAUUGGUUCGCUGUUUUCCAAUAUCCCAUUGUCGCCCUCCUCGUCUCCGUCGUCACGGACAUCACCCAGGCAGCUAGCGUCUACUGUCUGGAAAGCAGCAGCAUUCACUUUGCUCAUCUAUGGAUGGAAGUCGCAAUCAAUAUCUCCGUCUCUGUCGCCGUCCUAUCAGUUGUGAAGUUCUACACUGCGCUCGCGAAGGACCUGAAACACCACAAGCCCCUGGCCAAACUUCUGGCCUUCAAACUCAUCAUUGGCUUGGCUUUCUUCGAAGGUAUCAUAUUCUGGAUCCUCCGCUCGACGCAUGCGCUCAAAGAGACCUCCCACCUAACCUACGCGGACGUCAACUUCGGCAUCCAGACCAUGCUCGUGUCCAUCCAGAUGGUCCCCUUUUCCAUUUUCUUCCACUGGGCCUACGACGCCGCCGCGUACGAUCUGUCCAAAGCCCGUCCCCUGCCACUGUCCCAAAUGGGCGGUGGACGAGAUAGUCCGAACGAGCUCGAUGCCGAGACAGGAUACUACCCGGACCGCCAAAACCGGUACCAGAUGCGACAGUCAGCGAUGCAGCAGCAGUAUGACAACAACCUCCCCGAGAAUGGUGGAGGGUACUACGGCGGCACAUUGGGUCUGCGGGCAUUGUUGACGAUACUCAACCCCAUGGAGAUUGUGCGCGCGAUUGUCUUUGGCUUUUCCAUGCGAAGCGAAUCGAGACGAAUGAACAGGGAGGUCAUCGGGGUGGCGCCACCUCCUUAUGCUUAGAUGCUGGACGAUUCAUGAAGAGAUUGGCUCCCAAGGAAGCAUAGAUAUGGAUUUGAGCGACGGCGAUGGUGGUGAGAAAUUGCAUUUCUGCACGGUGUCUCAGGAUCUAUGGCGACAUUGACAGUUCUCUGACUCGAAU